AUGAGAAGCACAGGAUCUUCAGCACCUAGGAGACAAGGUUACGCCAUUACCCACAUCACUAUCCAAACUCCUGUGACUCGCAUUCAACCUCACGAUGCACCCAGGCUUCAAGGUUACACCGCCAUCACAUACAUCACUAUCCAAACUGCUCCAGCUCGCAUUCAACAUCACGAUGGUGAUGAUAUUAUGAGAAGCACAGGAUCUUCAGCACCUAGGAGACAAGGUUACGCCAUUACCCACAUCACUAUCACAACUGCUCGAGCUCGCAUUUAA